UAACCAUUAUAAUUAAAUCUUUGGAGUCACAUUAUCAUUGAAGAAGUCACCGGGGUUCAGAUAAUGGAAGCCGGGAAGUUCCCUCGCCUGGAACCCUGGAUGAAGAACUUCAAGGAAGAUCCUGUAAUCAAAGAAAACCUCCCCGAAUUCAAGGAUAUGUUAGCAUUCUUGAAAAGUCGGAGGGAGGCCCUGCUGGCAUCCAAGUGAUCAUAAUAUCGUUGUGAAUCUUACUAUAUCUUAAUUUCAAUCUAAGAUCGUCUGUAUGAAAAUGCAGGUGUUUGGUAUGAAUAAAAAAAUCUUAUCCAUCUUGUAUUAGCUUGUAUGACUGCAUAAACACUAUUUAACCGA